AUGAGGACUUUUGUGAAAGAUGAUGUAUUUAUAUUGGAAUGUUUUGUCAGUAAUUGAAAAGUUUAUUAUCGGACCUUAUCGGCAUGCAUUCACUAACUUAUCUAAAGGAUCAAUAUAACUUCUCGAAAAAGACACGCACAUAUUUUGUCAUAUAAGAAAUUGGAAAUUUUAAGGAAAAAUGUUUAUAUAUAACAGCCGAUGUUGAUAACAAGAGAUUGCUCGGAAACAUAUAUAUCCUCUGGAAGUUGAAAUGGAAGGGAAGAAAAUCACUUUUAAUUUGAUUUUAUUGUUAGUGUCUAUGACAAAAUUUCUCAGUGAAGGCUGUGAAAUAGUGAGCGUACUCGACGGUAAAACGGUCGAUAUGUCUAAUGACUUUAAAGGAACAGUUUUAGCCGAGUCUGAUACGACCGAAGGACACUGUAAUGAUGACUGUUGUGCUACAGAAAAAUGUGUAAUAGCUUUAUACGAUACUAAAAAGGGACAGUGUACAUUGUUAGACUGCGAUCCAGUGGACUCCUGUCCUUUAAUAGAUUCAAAGAAAGAUGUUGUUACUUAUUUUGGUGAAGUGCAUGAUGCUAUGGUAAACACUACACAACAAACAACUACUGGAAAAAUUACAAGAACUGAAGUGAGCACGACUAACACACUAACUAAUGAAAACACUAGUACCAAAGUAAGCACAAGUAAGUUGAACACCACAGAUAAUGCCGAAAAUUCGACAAACACACCUGAAACAAGUUCAGGUUCAGCUUCUGAACAAUCAACAGGGGUAACUUCUACUUUUGUAUCUACUUCACCAACAUCAACACCAGUUUCAUCAUCAACAUUGUCAUCUGGAAAUUUAACAGCAUCUACAGCAUCACUGACUUCAUUAACAACGACCCAGUCUACCGCUUACACGGCAACUGGCAGUUCUUUCCCUCCCUCUACGUCGAUUAUAUUAACGGCAAUUACAACAUCCCUUCCAACCGGAAAACCCACACCGUUAACUGCAAAUGAGACUACGGUAUCUGGUUUGAAUGAAAUUCAUAAAAAUGAAACAAACGCAACUGAAAUUGAAGAAAAUAAAGUAACUGUUGAAAAUAAUACAUUAGAAACAAUUGUUCAAAACGUGUCAACUACAAGCAAAGUAAACACGAAUCCAGAACAUGAUAAUGAAACUACAGCACUAGUGACAGAAGAAACAGUCCAAACAACUUCAGAAAGGACUUUGUCGAAAUCUUCAACAAUGCCUUCCACCGUCACAACAUCGACAUUGUGGCUCUCUAACAUUUCAUCAGUUUCAUCGACAUUAACACUUCCUACAACUACAGUCUCAAAGCUUUCCACGACUUCAUUAUCGUCAUCGUCAACGCCAAUUUCAGCAAAUACUUUACCAUCAGCAAUAUCUACAUCUACAUCAUACUCCACAGCCACAGCUAAAUCUUCAGCAACUUCAUCAGCCACCAUUACAGCUUCCUCAAAAAGUUCAACAGCAGCAAAUACAUUAUCGGGAACAACAUCAUCAUCAUUAGAAACAUCGUCAUUUAGUUUCUGGACUUCGCCAUUUACGCCAAUAUCGUCUUCAACAUCUGGUACCAACCAGACUGAUCACCUGUCGGGCUCAGGGGAACCUGACAAGAUGUCGGGAACGCUCAUAGCUGCGUUAUGUAUAGGAAUAGUUCUAACCUUUGCAGUAGCAGUUUUAUUUGGAAAACGAGUAUUUGAUGCCUGGCAAAGAAGACACUAUAAUAAACUAGAUUAUUUGAUAAAUGGAAUGUAUGGUUAAGCUAGAUGUGAUAACGUGGGGCGGUGGGUUAUCCCUGUGUAGCUUCAAUACAAGUAAUGCGUAUAGUGAAAUGUUAUCCAGGCAUGCCACCGUUUAAUAGUGUAACGUAUGACUUUUUGAUACAUCAUAGACAAUGCAUUGUCUAUCAAUAUGGCUUCUCUUCAUUCGCCUUUUUGAGAUAAAGGACAGUUACCUUUUGGAAUUUGCUUUUACAUUUAAACCAAAAUAGAUACAUGUAUGACGUCAUAAAUUAUUUCAAAUCUGUUGAAAUAUUCGGAUGUGAGUCCGAUCCGUUAUUGAUGAUUGCACUCGUGCUGAUAUGUUUUGUUUUUAUUUGUUUUAAUAGUAUAAUGAUAUGACUUGUGUUUAACUUAUGAGUUAGUAAUUCAUUUGAUAUAACAACCUA